UUUAUUUUGGAAGUCUCCGCUACUCUUGUUCCCUUUAUACACCUAGAAUAAAAAGGGCUACUGUUAGGUAACCGAACGCGGUCAGCACAGCAACUGGAAUUCUCCGCUACAGCAGCAGGAGCAGACUCUGAGCAUCAUGUUUACGUUGGUGCUCGUUGGCCUUGUGGUUGGAGGACUGGUCUACUUCCUGGUUCAGGGAAGAAAGAAGCGAGUUCUGACAGUAGAGGAUGGUUGGUGGGGAGCAGGAGCGCCCCCUGAUGGUGCAGAGGAUGUCACCAUACGACCAUUCAAAAUCACAACCAGCGAUGAAGAGCUUGAGGACCUUCACCGAAGAAUAGACCAGACACGGCCCGUUGCUUCUCUGGAGGACAGCCAGUUUCUUUAUGGCUUUAACUCUCAGUAUUUGGAAAAGGUGAUCUCUUACUGGAGAAACGACUUUAACUGGAAACAACAAGUGGACAAACUGAACCAGUACCCGCACUUUAAGACCAAUAUCGAAGGCAUUGAUGUACAUUACCUGCACGUGAAGCCCAAGAACGUGCCGCAAGGGAAGACUGCCAUUCCUCUGAUAAUGGUUCAUGGCUGGCCAGGUUCCUUUUAUGAGUUCUUUGGAGUGAUUCCCCUGCUGACAGAACCAUCAGACCCGGAUGAUCUUGUGUUUGAGGUUGUGUGUCCCUCUAUACCAGGAUACGGUUUCUCUGAAGGACCGCACAAGAAAGGCUUUAAUUCAGUUUGUGCAGCUAACAUCUUCCUGAAGCUCAUGAAGCGUCUGGGUUUCCAGCAGUUCUAUGCUCAGGGUGGAGACUGGGGCUGGUUGAUCACCACCAACAUGGCACAGCUGGAGCCAAAGUCUGUAAAAGGACUGCAUGUGAACUUCUUCCCUGCUUCGAAACCUAGUCCACUCAUGGUUUUAUCAAUGGUGCUUGGUCAACACUUCCCUAAUUUGUUUGGAUUCACUGAUACGGAUGUAAGGGGUAUCUUUCCCUGCAAGGAAAAAAUUCUGGUGGAGACCAUCAAAGAAAGUGGCUACAUGCACAUCCAGGCCACCAAGCCUGACACCGUUGGUCGAGGACUCAACGAUUCCCCUGUAGGUCUUGCGACUUACAUCCUGGAGAAAUUCUCCACCUGGACAAACCGUGAUUUCAGAAAUCUAAACGAUGGCGGACUCACCAGGAAAUUCUCCCUGGACGAUCUGCUUACCAACGUUAUGAUCUACUGGGUUGCUCAAUGUAUUAUCCCAUCUAUGAGGUUCUACAAAGAAAACUUGAGCAAAGGCCUUGACGCACCACAUGCAAGGAUUCCGGUUAAGGUUCCCACUGGUAUCGCCUCCUUUCCCAAUGAGCUCGUACACUCACCCAGACUGUGGGCCGAACAAAAAUACCACAACAUUGUGACAUUUACUUACAUGGCUCGUGGUGGUCAUUUUGCUGCCAUGGAGGAGCCGCAGCUGAUGGCAGAAGAUAUCCAGAAGUUCACUAAGGAGGUGGAGAAGGAAAAGAAGUAGCGGAGCAGUUAACACAUUAAUGACCUUGAACACAAACAUGGAAAAUUGUGAAAAAAUUGUAAACCUAUCGGAAGUCGUAAUUUAAAUCAAACUCCAUUUGUAUCAAUGGUCAAAUGUGUGAUUAGGAAUGCUACAUUUGGUGUGAAGCUUGGCUUCUACAGUCAAACUCAAUUACCAUAUUUUCCGGACUAUAAGUCGCUUGGGCGUAUACGUUGCACCAGCAAAAAAUGCAUAAUGAAGAAG